AUGGUGACGGCUUUCUACUCUUUGUUCCUGACGGCCUUGUACCUGAGUUUAGCCCAUUCGGUGGAGUUCCCUGGUGCCUGGACCUACUUUCUCCUUCUACCCAGGGCUGUGGUAGGCUGGUUUUCUGGCCAUACUGAUGUAAUGGAGCUUGCAUUUACUCUGCUACUCUACAUCCAAUUGGUCGGUGGCUUUGUAGCUGCUGGGUUCUUUGUAUGGCAGAUUUUCUUGGUAAUAACAGGGUUGACAACACAUGAGGCCCUCUAUGGAGAGAAGUUUAGACUGAAACGCCAGGCAGGAAUGUACGCUAAAUGGACUGAAGUCUUUGGAAAAUACUGGUUUAUUGGAAUGGUUGUACCAUUGCCAUUCCCUCAAUGUGGUAAUGGGUUGUAUGAAAAACUGGAGAAUUGA